AUGCAGUCUCUUCGCACGCAGUUCAACGAUGCUGCUUAUGGGAAACUAGAUAAAAAGAAGACCGAUAUCCCUCCACUCGACGAGAAGUAUUUGAUGGAAUCAGGAUUUGCUAGUGAUGGGCUAUACCGGAGAGUCUCGACAGAGGAGUUAGCAGAAAGAGGAAACUCAUGGAGUUUCUGGAUUACAACCACUAAAGAAGAUCAAAAAGUUAAAAACGCAUUGUUCAUUGAUGAGGAAAUGGAUAUGGUUUCCAAGAAGGGUUCAUGCUGGUCCCAGCUCAAGUAUUCCCGGAUGAUUCAGUGGGGUAAGCGUCGACCAGUUCGAUUCUUAGGCCAGCAUGCGAAGAACAAUUUAGAGUCUUCAUCAGGAUCUGUGAAAGACACCGGUUUAGAUGUAAGAGAACAAAGCGAGAGAGGGGAAAUGACAGAUAGAAAGAGAAAGAAAUGUGAAGAAAAGGAGCUUACAAAGGAAGUCUCGAAGGAAAUCAUCAGGACGACUCGUAGAAGUAAGAGGAAUCAAAAUGAAUGUAACGAGAUUCAGAGAUUGAAGAAAGCACAGCAUGGCAGGCAGAAUCAACUCGUAUUAUACAACAAAAAGAAGCAAAAAGUAUCAAUAGACAGAUGGUCUGCCGAGAGGUAUAAGAUAGCAGAGGAGAACAUGCUAAAGGUGAUGAAAGCUAAAGGAGCAGUUUUUGAAAAACCAAUAUUGAGGCCAGCCUUGAGAUCAGAGGCUCGAAAGCUGAUAUGUGAUACAGGUUUACUAGAUCAUUUGCUAAAGCACAUGGCCGGAAAAGUGGCUCCUGGGGGAACUGAGAGAUUUCGACGCCGACACAAUGCUGAGGGAGCGAUGGAAUACUGGUUGGAGAGUGCCGAUCUGGUUAAAAUCAGACAGGAAGCAGGGGUUCAGGAUCCCUACUGGACUCCGCCCCCUGGAUGGAAACCUGGUGAUAACCCUUCCACGGAUCCCAUUUGUGCUAGAGAACUUCGGGAGAUAAAGGAAGAAAUUUCUAAAAUAAAACAUGAAAUGCAACAAUUGGUAUCCAGGAAGAGAGAGGAACAAAUGGCUAUUGUGACCACGACUAAUUCUUGUUUGUCAAAUAAUUUCAAUUUGGAAAGAUAUGGUUCCUUGCUUGCAGUGCAGGAGAUGUAUGUAGCGUUGGUGAAUAAGAAGUCUAAAACUGAGGAACAGCUGAAGGAUAUUUCCAUAGCUUUAACCGAUAUGGAGGAACAGAUUAGGAAGUUAAAAUCAAGAGAGGAGCCAACAUCUGAAUCAGUAGUGCCUGCAGCGUUAUUGCCAGCACCACCACCAAGAGUACAAGUUGCAUUGGGAAAUGAGGGAGAGACAAGAGAUGAAGAAGCACGUAAGAAUAGUGAAAAGAAAGCAGCAACAGAUGAGGAUGUCCAGAGGAUGGCGGAAAGUAGCUGGCAAGCUGCCGAGGAUAGGGCAGCAAAAAUUGAAAGGUUGAAAAGUGGGUUCCGAAUUUGCCAGCCUCAGGGGACCUUCAUAUGGCCAAAGACGAACAUCACGGCUCCCCAAGAUGAUCAUGUUGUGGUCCCAACCCCAUCCUCUGCUUCUUCUUCUGCUUUUCCUGAGCCAUCCUCCCUUGUUAAGCCACUAGCAGAGAGGCGCCCAAUCAGCCCUGCCACUUUAACCCACGUCACCAUGUCCUUCCCUCCUUUUCUGUCUCUACCGCCAUUGGAAACCCCGCCUUCCCAAGAAAGAGCCUCUCGUAGUACCCCUCUCAUCAACCUCAAUGAGGCUCCUCCCAAUUACGACCCUUCCUCUUGUGCCACUCUGCCUUACCAAGCAUCACUACAUCCCACACAACCACAAGUAAGUGUCUCGUAUUCUUCCCAUCUUAACUUUGCCUGUUGUCUUGCUUAUCUGAUUGGUCCAACUGCUACAAAAAACAAGGCUCGUGUAAAGAAAGAAAAGGAGACGGAAAACUUGCCAUCCUCCAUCUCAGAAAGAGAAGGGUGGUGGAAUAUUGCCAUACACGGUGACCUCCCCUAA